UUUAGUAAUUUCUCUGAGCAUGUUCAGCCUCUACAUUUGCCGGUUGUGAACCCUUAUUCAAAUGAAGAGCUUUUAGUGUCAAUUCUUGUACAGAGCAAAUAUUGGAUGUGGCACCAAAAUACAUUAGUAAAUGAAAUGAACACGGUGACCAAACAAAUUCCUCACUGAAGUGUUCCAUAAUGUGAUGCAAGUGCUCACCAGCCCUCCAUCGGCAGGGGUUUGUUUGCACAGAAUAUUUAUUGAAUAGCUUUGGUUAGUGAACACCCACAAAAAUGGUAGGCUGUUUAUGAGCAGCACAAGAGGCUACAUUUGCCAAACAAAUCACUUACCCUGUGAAUUGUUCACUUAGCUCUAUAUAAGACAUUUAAAGUGAUAUGGGGGAAUCAAAUGUCCGAUCUAAGCAUCCUGCAACAUGGGGAAAUCCUCAUUCUGUCCCUAGAUCAGUGUUUUCUCUCCCAUCACUUCACUAACAAAGUUGCAUUAGAAUAGGAUCUCUGGACCAAUUCCUGGUUCCACCGAAGUCCGUGACACAACUUCCAUUGACUUCUGGAGACCCAGCAUUAGGCCCUCUGUUCCUAAUAUCUGCUCCACUGUUGUCUCCUUCAAAAUCCCUUGAAUCGGAUCAUGGCUGGAUCAUCUUCUGGUGGAGGAGAAUCGGCAGAGAAACGCUUAAAAAGCAGAACUGGCCUUCAGAUAGCCUUUGUCAUGAAGAAGAGGAGUAUGUCUGUGUAAGCAGGAUUGUUGCCUAAUACUGUAGAGAACUCCCCGAAGCAUGGCAAAGCUAGCUGUUGAUUCAAAUGCCAGGGAGCUUAUCCAGCAGCCCUGAAGAAAUGUCUGGAGCAGAGGAGGGGCGAGAGACCUCCUCAGGCAUCGAAGUAGAGGCCUCGGACCUCAGCCUGAGCCUCACUGGGGAUGAUGUAGGGCCAAACCGCACCAGCACAGAGAGCCGGGACACGGACACAGAGAGCUCGGGAGAGGAAAAGGACUCAGACAGCAUGGAUGACACGGGCCACUACUCGAUCAAUGAGGAGAACCGGGCCCACGACCGGUCCCACUCAGACGAGGAGGAGGAAGAAGAGGAGGAGGAGGAGCAGCGGUCCCGGCGACGCGCCCAGCGCAAGCGUGCCAACCACGAUCAAGACUCCUCGGAUGACGAGCGGGCGCUGGAGGACUGGGUGUCCUCGGAGACGACUGCUCUUCCUCGGCCCCGCUGGCAGGCUGUGCGUGCCCUCCGGGAGAGGGAGCUGGGCUCCAGCUCACGCUUUGUCUACGAGGCCUGCGGGGCCAGGGUCUUUGUGCAACGUUUCCACCUCCAGCAUGGCCUCGAGGGGCACGGUGGCUGUGUCAAUACCUUGCACUUUAACCAGCGUGGCACGUGGCUGGCGAGCGGCAGUGACGACCUUAAGGUGGUGGUUUGGGACUGGGUCAGGAGGCAGCCGGUGCUGGAGUUUGAGAGCGGCCACAAGAGCAACGUCUUCCAGGCUAAGUUCCUCCCCAACAGCGGCGACUCGACUUUAGCCAUGUGCGCUCGGGAUGGUCAAGUCCGGGUAGCCGAACUCUCCGCCACCCAGUGCUGCAGAAACACCAAGCGCGUGGCACAGCACAAGGGAGCUUCACAUAAGCUGGCCCUAGAGCCGGAUUCUCCAUGCACUUUCUUAUCAGCUGGCGAAGAUGCUGUGGUCUUCACCAUUGACCUGAGACAAGACCGCCCUGCUUCGAAACUGGUUGUGACAAAGGAGAAAGAAAAGAAAGUGGGUCUCUACACCAUUUAUGUGAAUCCCUCUAAUACGCACCAGUUUGCUGUGGGCGGCAGGGAUCAGUUUGUCAGGAUUUAUGAUCAGCGGAAAAUAGAUGAAAAUGAAAACAAUGGCGUGCUUAAGAAGUUCUGCCCUCACCACCUGGUAAACAGCGAGUCCAAAGCUAACAUCACCUGUCUCGUGUACAGCCAUGAUGGCUCAGACCUCUUGGCCAGCUACAAUGACGAAGACAUCUAUCUCUUCAACUCUUCUCACAGCGACGGGGCAGAGUACGUCAAGAGAUACAAGGGACAUCGCAAUAAUGCCACAGUGAAGGGUGUUAAUUUCUAUGGCCCGAAGAGCGAGUUCGUGGUGAGUGGCAGUGACUGUGGACACAUCUUCCUGUGGGAGAAGUCAUCCUGCCAGAUUGUGCAGUUCAUGGAGGGCGAUAAAGGAGGAGUG